GCAUAACAGCUGACGUUGCGCCAUAAGACAAUCCUGCCGGUUCCAUCCCUCUCUCUGUUCACCGGGUAGGUACCUGCAGCGAAGAUGCGGUCGACCGACGUGACAUGGUGGUUCUGCGCCGCGCUCGUGGCCGUGACCCCCACGGGUCUCGCCGCUGCGACGGGGACGCCAAGCUGCAGCAAGACCGGGCCGGGCAAGCUGCUUACGGUGGCGACAUCCAACGGCCCGGUGACGGGACACAUUGCUCCGAACACUUCAUGCGUCGUCGAGUACCUGGGCAUCCCUUACGCAAAGCCGCCUGUCGGCGAUCUGCGCUUCGCCGCGCCGCAGCCACUCGACUGCAGUGACCAGCGGCCCUAUGUCGCAGCCAACUUCGGCUUCGACUGCCCGCUCACGCCCUCUAAGCCCGUCGACUACCCCGGCUUCACCCCGCAAGCCCAGCGCAUCAUCAACUACUUCGCCUCGGGGGCGGGCACGCCCCAGAGCGAGGACUGCUUGACGCUGAACAUCUGGUCCAAGGCCACGGCCACGGCUGCUACCGCGAAGAAGCCCGUCAUCGUUUUCUUUUACGGCGGCCGCUUUACCAUUGGCAACACCGACAGCCCCUUUUACAAUGGCAGGCACCUUGCGGACGCCCAGGACCUUGUCGUGGUGACGGUCAACUACCGCAUCAACAUCUUCGGCUUCCCCGGCGCGCCGGGCCAGACGCAGAACCUCGGCCUCCGCGACCAGCGGCUGGCCGUCGAGUGGGUGCAGAAGAACAUCGCCCGGUUCGGCGGCGACGCCAGCCGCAUCGUGCUCGCCGGCCAGUCGUCCGGCGGCGUCGCGGUCGACUACUGGGCCUACGCGCACGAGCAGGACGCCAUCGCGGCCGGCCUGAUCCUCGUCUCGGGCAACGCGUUCAGCUUCCCGCUCCCCGCGCCGGCCACGGCGACCAAGAACUGGAACACGGUCGUCGCCGCCGUCGGCUGCAACACCACCACGGACCAGUCCGCCGUCAUGGCGUGCAUGCGGGCCGCCAACUGGACCGACAUCAAGGCCGCCGCGGCCGCCAUCAAGCCGGGCGCCAGCACGAGCGUGCUGCGCUCGGUGCCGGCCUUCUACCCGCAGGUCGACAACGAGUUCGUCUUCGCCGACUACCUCAACCGCACGCAGGCCGGCCGCUUCGCGCGCCUGCCGCUGCUCGGCGGCAACAACAACAACGAGGCCGGCUACUACCGCAUCCCGGCCUUCGCCAGCGGCGUGGUCCCCACCGACGCCCAGGUCGCCGCCUUCCACCUCGAGUCCUUCACCUGCCCCGUCGCGCGCCAGGCGGCCGCGCGCACCGCCUUCGGCGUGCCCGCCUGGGCCUACCGCUACUUCGCCGACUGGGACAACACGCGGCUCUACCCGGGCUCGGGCGCGUACCACGGCGUGGACCUGCACAUGGUGUUCGGCGCGUCCGCCGAGGUCAGCGGCCUGCCGACGACGGCGGAGCAGCGCGCGCUGACCGCGCUCGUCCAGCGCGCCUGGUACGUCUUUGCGAGCGACCCCUGGAACGGCCUGCAGCGCGAGCUCGGCUGGCCCCGCUGGCAGGUCGGCCGGCCCACCCUCGCCGUGCUCGGCCAGAACAACACGGCCCAGCCGCGCUUCGUCGAUCCCAACGUGUAUGCGGCGCCCUGCUCGACCGUCACCUUGGGCGCGCUGGGGACGCCGACGGCUACUGCUACUGCCUCGGCUAGUGCUAGUGCUGCCGCAACGGCGACGCCUACCCCAUGAGGGGGCGUGAGCAGGAAGUCAUUACCGUGUAUAGUGUAUUUUAGUUCAUAGGGGUUAAUCGUAAUUCUGAACCGAGCUCAGGCAGAA